CCUUGUCAGUGGUGUGGUCGCUGCAGGAAGGAGAAGAAGAAGAAGAAGAAGAAGGAGAAGCUUCUUCUCUCUGAGGACGAUUCACUUCCCUCUUUGCUCUUUAUAUAACUCCUCUGGUUCCCUCUCGGCUUCUCUCUGCCUGUGGUCGACGACGAGCUGUUCUCAGCGGAAUGGCCGAACCCGGCGCCAGAUACCAGCAGCUGCCCAAUGAGGAGGACCCAGAAGAGAGUCCACAGGUAGCAGCUGAAGCUCCUCCCCCGUACAGCAGCGUCACCGAGGGCAAUGCUGCCUUCUUUGACUACAAGGAAGACGGUGCUUUCCCCAAGCCUCCAUCAUACAAUGUAGCCACUACGCUACCCUCCUACGAUGAAGCAGAAAGAACCAAAGCUGAGACGACUGUUCCACUGGUAACCGGAAGAGAUGAAGACUUUGUGACCAGAGACGACUUUGAAGAUGCCGAUCAGCUGAGAAUAGGAAAUGACGGCAUCUUCAUGCUCACUUUCUUCAUGGCAUUCCUCUUCAACUGGAUCGGUUUCUUCCUGUCUUUCUGUCUGACCACGUCCGCAGCCGGCCGCUACGGAGCCAUCUCAGGCUUUGGCCUCUCUCUCAUCAAAUGGAUCCUCAUCGUCCGGUUCUCCACAUACUUCCCCGGUUACUUUGAUGGACAGUACUGGCUGUGGUGGGUGUUCCUGGUGUUGGGAUUUUUGCUCUUCCUGCGUGGGUUCAUCAACUAUGCCAGAAUCCGCAAGAUGGCCGACACCUUCGCCACCCUGCCACGCACCCGAGUCCUCUUCAUCUACUAGUCCCACAAUCCCCCCCCCCCCCCCUCUUUCACUGAGGCCCACUGUCUGGCUCAAUUCAAUCAAAACAGUAGAAAGGAAUCUUUUUUCCUUUGCUUGACAUAAUUUGGACAAUAUGUCUAUUGUCCCCCUUUGGUGUAAAUUAGUGAACGCUGAGAAAUCUGUAAAACCCAUCAGUUGUUAGUGGUGAACUGUUAAGUGCUAUUUGCAGUUUUGAAGUAUGUGAUGUAUACAUUUAAUGCCUUAUUUACUAUUUUACAAUCCGUUGGUAGCAGCUGCACGCACUGUCUCCCUGUUUAACCACCAGGGGGCAGGCUUGUUUUUAUUAUCUUUUCCACUGGUCUUCAACAUCAUGAAGUCAUUUGUUCAGAGGGGCCAGUGAGCAAUUUUGAAGUUAUGGGUUGAUAUACACAAUAUUAAAUAAUAUAUUUCAAGUAUCAUUAUGUUGUGAUUUUACAUUCCUGCCCAAUACUUAUUGUGUGUGAAAUAGAAAAUAAUUCAGGUAAUACACGGUGGAAAAGGGAUAAUAUUGGCUGUUUUUGGGUUCAGGAGCUAAUAUAGUUGAGGGCCACUUGUUCAGAAGAUCAGGGGGUCGGGUUUCCCGUAAAGCAUUGUUUCCUUGUGUAUUUAUGCUUUGUCUAUGCACUCACUGUAACCAGGAAUCAUUAAUUACCUAACAUGUAUUUCAUCUGAAGCAUAAAGGUGCAGUGAUGGCCAGUGUGGUCACUGCCUUGCUCAACGGAUGGAACUAGCUGAUAGUCUGUGACAGGUUUCACAUGUGCAAUUACAUAGUUUUCGUCAAAAACAAAUGAUUCCAACUCUUACUCUUAUUGGCACCCCACUGGUUUCCAAUGUGGAAAAUAACAAUGUAUCACUAGAUGUGAAUUGGAAACUCUGGCCUGUUCAGAACAAAGUUUACAAAUUAAUUUAGAGCAGAGAGUUUUAUUUUCUUUUACGUAGCAGUGAAACAUUCAGAGUCGUUAUUUUUAUGUUAACCCUCGUUCUAAUUUCAGGAUUGUUUUUAUUGCGAGAAUUGUAUGUAUCUGGCUUGGAACAUGUUUGGAAUUAAACUGGAAAAGUACA